AUGACGAGAACCGGCCCUGCAAAUAGUGCUAUCUCUUGGGAAACCAAAAGCCUUAUCCCCGAGGAUGGCGGCAGAAUUGAUUCGGUCGCUGGUCAAGAUGUGAGGCCCAAAGGACGCAUCAGACGAUCAAUGACUGCUUGUAAUACAUGUCGCAAGCUCAAGACUCGCUGUGAUGUUGACCCGCGUGGUCAUUCUUGUCGUCGCUGUUUAUCUUUGAGGCUUGAAUGUGAGCUCCCAGAGACAACAGACCGGUUCCAGGAUAACGCAUCGACCUGGUCGGACGCUAGUGCCGCUAUCCCCUCAAUAGAGGAACGGCUUGUGUCACUUGAGAGAGGCAUGGGGGAGAUGAUCCAUCUAAUGCGGCAGAUGGUAAACCACUCGCCAAGUAUGUCCAGCAGUUUAACCUCGCAGGCGAGAAGCAACAGCAUAGACGACACAGCUUCAAAUGACAGUAUGCCAUCAUCGCUAUAUCCCAUCAAGCCAGCACAGGUUAUUCGAGAUCUGCAAGCGGAAUGCUUCGGGGAGAGAGAUCAGUUUCCCGCGGAUGCUGAUAUCCUCGGAGAUAUCGUCACUCAAGGAAUCGUAGAUUCUAAGCUCUCCACGAAGUUGAUUGAACUUUUCGUGGAAUACUUCGGCCACUGGAUCUCAAUAAAUCAUUCGUCCAGCAUUCAACGGUCAAAUACGCUUCUUUUCAAUAUUGCGUGUCUCUUGGCUUCACGCUAUCUUCCUGGUUUGCCGCAACACACCGUACGGGAUAUCUCACUUCAUGUACAACAUGCCGUGGCGAAGAUGCUGUGGAAGCCCCCACCUAUGACAAGCGAUAUGCUACAGGCAUUGACAUUGCUUUGUCUUUACUCAACCUCGGUCCAUAAAGAAGGACUAAUGGAUGACUGGUUGCUGAGCGGGAUCUCGAUCAACCAUGCCCUAAUAUCCUUCAACUUCCUUAACACGCGGCCUGGAGAUAGUCCUAACACAGACGAGCUCCUCGGGCAGUUGCGUCUGUGGAACACGCUCUGCGCCACACAACUACACUCGGCUCUCGCAAACGGCCGCACCCCACAAUACAUUGAUCAAUGUCCCCGCAUUCUGGAACACGCAGGCGCCACACCAGAAGACGGAAGAAUUGUCGCAGAAAUUCAAUUAUACCGCAUAGCCCUGAAACUUCAACACAGCCAACAUCGCCUCCAAUUUGCGGAACCAGAGUACGAAGAGAUCGAGCGCUGGAAAAUGGAAUGGGCCCAUCUCCUAACCAACAACGAAGACUCAACCCUCGACCUCAACCUUUGGUUCUGUCAACUCCUCCUACACCGCACAGCAACACGCAUCCAACCCGACAGCGACCGUCUAGUUCCAGAAAUUUGCGGCAACGCCCGCCUUAUAAUUUCCAAAUUCCUCCAAACCCGCUUCUCCUCCGCACCAGCCUUAAUCGACCACAUCUACUUCAUCGUCGGCUAUGCAGCCCUUACACUAUGCGACUACAACCUCUCCGAUCCCCUAAUUAGUCAGGUCCGCGGCUUCAUGCUGCAUCUUGCGCCGAGUGGCGAUAACCUCUCGUACCGCAUUGCCUGCAUAGUUGGUGAGGUGCAGCGUCGCUAUUCGGAGGCGACGACUGUUGUCUCGGAGCAUUCGUCGCCUACGGAGGUCAAGAGUGUACCCAUCUUCGGGACGCAUCAUUCUCGUCAGGGGAUGGAUAUUUCGCAGCUUAUGCCUGCGUCCGAAGCGCUCGAUUCGCUGGUUGAGGGGUACGACUGUUUGCAGCAGUUGAUGCCUGGGUAUACUGUGCAGUCGUCAUUUGAGGCUCCGGAUUUGUUUCAGCACUCGGCGCCUGUCACCGGGGGUGCGAUGCCUAUUGGCAUGGUACCGAGGGCGUUGCAUGACUGGUGA